ACACGUUUGACAGAGAUGGAAGUGAUUUCACCAGUGCAGUACAGUGAGUGGGCCACACCAGUGGUACCAGUAAUAAAAAAAGAUGGCUCAGUAAGAUUGUGUGGUGAUUUUAAAGUGACACUCAACCCAGCCAUUUGUGUAGAUCACUACCCAAUCCCACGCAUAGAAGAUCUUUUUGCAUCUCUGGCUGGUGGUCAAUUAUUCAGUAAGUUGGACUUGUCGAGCGCUUACUUGCAGAUGCCGGUAGCACAUGAGUCGAGAAAACUACUCACCAUAUCCACUCAUAAAGGGCUAUUCGUUUAUAACCGCUUACCCUUUGGAAUUGCCCCAGCCCCUGCAUUAUUUCAGAAAGCAAUGGAUCAAAUCCUUUUGGGAAUUCCAAACACUCACUGCUAUCUUGAUGACAUACUGAUAACAGGACGGAAUAAUGUGGAACACCUCAAGACAUUAGACCAAGUACUCACCAGACUGGAGGAAUAUGGUCUGAGAUUGCAGCGUGAAAAAUGUGAAUUUUUCAAACAGUCACUGGAGUAUCUGGGUCACUACAUUGACGCAGCUGGAUUACACAAAUCGUCAGAAAAGAUCAAAGCCAUAAUGGAAGCACCUGCACCGACCAAUGUAAGUCAAUUACGCUCUUUUCUUGGGAUGAUCAACUACUAUGGCCGUUUCAUUCCGAAUCUGGCAUCCCUUUUGAAUCCCCUGAAUGCGCUUUUAUGUAAAGACAAGAAAUGGUGCUGGAGCGUGGCAUGUGAACAAUCAUUUCAAGAAGUGAAGGAUAUCCUUACGUCACCAGCUGUACUCACACAUUAUGACCCAGCACUUCCCAUUCGUCUCGCCUGUGAUGCUUCCCCAUAUGGGGUGGGGGCAGUGAUAUCACAUGUGUGCCCUGAUGGGGAGGAAAAGCCAAUUGCUUUUGCAUCCAGGACUCUCAGUAAAGCGGAACAAAAUUAUGCUCAGAUUGAGCGUGAGGCUCUGAGUAUAAUUUUUGGAAUUCGCAAAUUCCAUCAGUACUUAUACGGAAGGAGAUUUACCCUUUUUACGGAUCAUCAACCUCUAACGGCUAUUCUCAGUCCCAACAAGAGCAUUCCAUCCAUGGCAGCAGCUAGAAUGCAACGAUGGGCCCUGAUAUUAGCCGCCCAUGACUAUGUCCUUGAGUAUAAGAAAGCAGCCUUACAUGCCAACGCAGACGGACUGUCGCGGCUGCCUUUACCGGUGACACACACUGAGAAAACGGACACUGUGGAUGUGUUCUAUGCUGCCCAGAUAGCCACCCUGCCUGUAAGUAGUGCUGAAAUAAGACGUGACACCCUAAAGGAUCCCAGUUUGUCACCUGUGCUGGACAUGGUUUCAACUGGACGAUUUCCAAAAUUUAAAGAGGUACCUCAAGGCUUGUUACCUUUUGUGACACGUCGCAAUGAGCUCACAGUUGUUCAAGGAUGUUUAAUGUGGGGAAGUCGUGUCGUGGUACCAACCAAGCUUCGCAACCGGGUGUUAGCUGAUCUGCAUUUGGGCCAUCCUGGGGUGGUAAGGAUGAAACAUCUGGCCCGUAGCUAUGUUUGGUGGCCGGGAAUCGAUGGACAGAUUGAAUCUCAGUCCAAAACAUGCCAGUCUUGUCAGCGGAUCCAAAAUGCCCCCUGUCCUGCACCACUUCACCCAUGGGUUUGGCCAGCUCAUCCUUGGGAGAGGAUUCAUGUGGACUUUGCUGGUCCUUUUGAAGGCCAUAUGUACUUCAUUGUAGUCGAUGCGCACUCCAAAUGGCCAGAGGUCUCAAUUAUGGAUAGUACUACCACCAGCAAAACCAUCCAGGUCUUACGAGGACUUUUCAGUCGUUAUGGCAUCCCUAAUGUCAUUGUCAGUGACAACGGCCCACAGUUUUGUGCUGAGGAGUUCUCAUUUUUCCUGAAGGCAAAUGGGGUGCAACAUAUUCGAUCUGCUCCAUAUCACCCCUCUAGCAAUGGGCAAGCUGAACGUUUUGUCCAAACAUUCAAACAUGCUCUAAAAGCUUCAAAAGGGUCAGCUCCAAUACAACAGAGACUUGAUGGAUUCCUGUUAACAUACAGAAACACUCCACAUGCUACCACAAAGGAGUCACCUGCGAUGCUUUUCCUCAAUCGCAAACUACGUACCCGUCUGGAUCUUCUAAAACCUAGUCUCGCCAAAACAGUGAGUCAGUCCCAGGAUGCACAGCAGUUGCGACGCCAAAAACACUCUAAAUUCAGAGAAUUUCACACUGGAGAGUCCGUUCUUGCUCGUGACUACAGAAAAGGGGGAAAAUGGAUGCCGGGAGUGGUGAUGUCCAAAACGGGACCUGUCUCCUAUAUGGUUAACGUGGGUGCUUCUGGAAUCUGGAAACGUCAUGUAGAUCAAUUACUGAAACACGGGACUGAAUCCUCUGAAAACCAGAUGGAACCAGAAGUUCCUGCUGGGCCUGAUCCUUUUCAGGCACCUCUGCAUCAGGAGAACAUCGGAGAGAAAUCUGGCAAUCUUGUAAAGAUGAUGAUGGACACACCAGGGUCAGGCAACAUUGACAAAUCAACUCCAGAGACUGUACAAACGGGAGAGACUAUUAAGCGUUAUCCUACCCGUCUCACUAGACCACCUGACCGUUAUCAAGCAUUCUAA